CCGCCUCCCACGCCCUCCCGCACCUUUCCGCGCCCCUGUCGCGCCGUCUACAUGCCUGCACCACCGUGAACGUCGCCAUCUUCCGCAACUCUUUGUUUGCGCGCGCUGCACACCACCGCAUAGCCGCUCGCCAUGUCGCCGCCGCCCUCCGCGGUCAACGCCCAGCUGCGGCAGCUUAUACACUACCACCUCGACAACGGCUUUACCGAGAACGCCCUCUUCCUCGCCGGCCGCCUGCAUGCCCUGGACACACGCAACCCUGACGCUGCGCAUUUGCUGGCGCUCUGCAACCUCCGACUGGGAAGAUACAAAGCUGCCUUUGAGCACUCCAAGAACAAGGCAGCGCAGUUGCAGCACCUGGGGUGCGUCUACACAUUUGCGCAAGCAUGCCUGAGCCUUGAGCGUUUCGAGCUAGGCGCUACAGCGCUCGAGAAGGCCAGGGGACUGUGGCAUGUGCGCAACCACUGGAACAAGCACUCGGAUACGUCAAGACAGCAUGUGCCAGACGCGGCAGCGUGCUUCUGUCUGCUGGGCAAGCUUUGGGCAGCAUACGGCGACACCAAGAAAGCCAUCGAAUUCUACGUCGAAUCGCUGAAGCUCAACUCGUUCAUGUGGGAUGCCUUCACCGGCCUCUGCGACAUCGGCGCCGUGGUUCGACCGCAGAACGUCUUCAUCAUCACCCCGGCCAUGCUUGAAUCGAUAUCGCAGGCUGCAUCACUACAGAGCAACUCGGAAAGCGACAACCCCUUUGUCUCGAGACCGAACGAUGACCCGUUCAACCCGUCCACACGGCAGCGCGGCGACGUCGGACUCAGCAUGGGGGGAACAAACCUGCUUUCAAAGCUGAACGGCCGAAACCCAGCGCUUAACGGGCGGCACCACAACGUCGAGACUCCUGUGGCUAACAGCCAGGAACCUGGCGACGAGGACUUGAUGAUGGGCGAGGGCGGAGGCCCAGUCAUGACAGAGCGAGGGCCAGCAGACAUUCUUCACGCACCAGGGCGGAAGAUCAGGAUGCAGCCAUUUGCGCCCGUAGAAGACCCGCCUAGAAUGCGGCCAAUCACGUCAAGAAUGCGAACGAAAACAAACCCUUCAGAUAGCGAGCAGACGGACAUACCACGACCGAUGCACCAAAACGGCCAUAAGAGGACUGUCUCAGGCCACUCCACACAUACACAACCCACACAAGCUUCGCAGCAACAUGCAGUCGACCUCACAGCCGCGCCACCGCGUAGAAGCGCUCGGUUGUUCAACUCUAUCACCUCGAUAGGAUCUGCUCGUACGACAAGUCGGCCACCAGGCACAGCCCUCAUCAGAGACCCUGAGGCGAGAGAGCGACGAGAGUUGCGGAAGGUCAGGGCUACAGGAACGAAGGGGAGGACAGGUACCACCUCGACUGUAGGGCGAGUGGUUAGCGGCAAUCGCAAACCUACUUUGGAUGCUACCGAGCCUCAAGAGCCCAAGCCUCGACCACUGAGCGCAGCAGCAAUAGCACCACCACCAGCUCUUAAGACGGCACACUCGACGGAGACAGCACGCGAAGAAGACGCGCUUAGAUGGCUUCUGGACCUACUGCACAGGAUCGGGUCAGGAUACAGGUACCUCAGUCGCUACGAGUCGGUAAAAGCCCUGGAAGCGUUUGCGUCUGUACCAGCUGCGCAGCGCGACACUCCGUGGGUACUUGCGCAUGUCGGCAAGGCACAUUACGAACGCGCACAGUACGCAGAGGCAGAGAAAGCGUUCAAGAAGAUCCGAGAGAAGGCGCCCUCCUAUCUCGAACACAUGGAGGUGUAUUCCAACACUCUGUGGCAGAUGAAGAGCGAUGUAGCAUUGGGUCACCUGGCACAUACUCUGAUGGAUCAAGAUCGCCUAUCGCCACAGGCAUGGUGUGCCCUUGGCAACGCGUCGUCUCUCGAGCGACAGCAUGACGACGCAGUCAAGUGCUUUGUGCGAGCCACGCAGUUAGAUCCCAAGUUUGCGUACGCUUUCACUCUGCAGGGUCACGAGCACAUGGCCAAUGAAGAGUUCGACAAAGCUAUGCAGGCGUACCGGAACGCGAUCAGUGCUGAUAACAGGCACUACAACGGCUGGUAUGGUCUCGGAAAUGUGUACGAGCGCAUGGGCAAGUUCGAUGUUGCUGAAAAGCACUACAAGGCUGCAGCCCAGAUCAAUCCAAACAACGCUAUGAUCGUUGUUAGAAUUGGAUUGGUUCUCGAUCGCAUGAAGAAGAUCGAUGUCGCCCUCACACAUUUCAACGCCGCCGUGACACUCGAUCCACGGUCUAUUAUGGCGCGUUUCCGCAGAGCGCAGACGCUGCUUAAGCUAGAACACACCGAAGAGUCCCUCAAGGAUCUCUUGUGUUUGAAAGACCUUGCACCUGAUGACCCCAACGUUCACUUCCUGCUUGGCCGUUGCUACAAGAAGACCCGAGACCGCGCGAACGCGAUCAAACACCUCACGAUUGCGAUGAAUCUGGAUCCCAAGUCUCAUGGCGUUAUCAAGGAGGUCAUGGAGUCUAUUGAGCAGGAUGAUGAGGGUGGUUGGAGUAGUGAAGAGGACAGAUGAGUGAUCUCAUCGAUCGAUUGCUU